AUGUCUCUCUUCACCACGUCUAGUAGUACCGCAUCCAGAAAUAAGGUGGUGCCACUCUGGGAAAUUCGAGGGCAUGCAAAGUCGCAUCCAGAAGUUGUUGUCCAGGCCGUCGCCGCUCGCAAUCGCGCUCGAGCCGAGAAAGAUACGUAUGAAGAGAUUCUUGAGGACCCCAACAUUGACGCUGUUCUCAUUCCCCUGCCCAACGGCCUUCACUACGAGUGGGCUGCGCGCGCCAUCGAAGCAGGCAAGCAUGUGCUGCUCGAGAAGCCGUCCGUCAACAACGAAGAAGAGGCGUUGAAGCUGUUCCGCAUGCCCGAGCUCUCUCGUCCCGACGCCCCUGUCAUCCUAGAGGCGUGUCACAGCAGGUUCCAUCCCGCCGUGCACAAGUUCCUCUCCUUCAUCACCCCGGCCGACGUCGAGCACGUGUACACCGACGUUAUGGUCCCAUGGUUGCUUAUCGGCAAGGACCGGAUCGAGUUCAGCUACGACCUCGGCGGCGGCAGCAUCAUGGCGCUCGGAACCUACAACUUUGCCAUGCUGCGCAUGAUCUUUGCCGACGAGCCCGAGGAGUGCACCUCGUGCUCGCCCAGCGUCUGGGCCGACGGCCUCCACGGCCGCUGCGACUACCACUUCGAGGCCGACUUCCGCUUCCCCAACGGCGGCACCGCGUCCGCCACGGCCACGAUGCAGGGCCCCCUCCUGUGGAAGCCGUCCGAGGCGCGAGUUACCCACAGGCCUGUCGUGGUCGCCGACCCGUCGCUGCCGGACACGCAGGAAAAGAUCAAGACGCGCCAGGUCACGCUGCACGGGUACAUGCACGCCGUUCUCUGUCAUCGCAUCGACGUCAAGGACUCGUUUGUCAUCCGUAAUAAAGCGGAUGCGCGCCCGGUCAAGACCUGGGUCGAGUCGUCCAGCCACAAGGCGUACUCCUUCCGUGAUGCCGGCUGCAAGAGGUCGGGCCCCGACGGCGAGGACUGGUGGAUGCCGUACCGCUACCAGCUCGAGGAGUUUGUCAACCGCAUCAAGGGCCGGCCGACGAGCUACUGGAUUGACGGUGAAGACUCGAUCAAGCAGAUGCGCAUGGUCGACAUGGCUUAUGAGAAGAGUGGACUGGGACUUCGGCCAACCAGCCAGUAUUCUUAAACCUUUCUCUGCAAUAUAGUCCUUUAUGCUUUUCUGAAC